UUGCUCUCUCUAUAACUUCAAUUCAACAUUCAGCAGCUCAAGAUCAACUCUUGUUACAAUUUCUCCAAAAUCUUGUUCUUUUUGAGUCGAUCCAAUCCAUCAAAAUGCAUGAUUUCUGCUUUACAUUCCCUUAUGGGUUUGUUCUAAUCGUUGGAGGAAUCAUUGGGUAUGCAAAGAAAGGAAGUAUAGCUUCCUUGGGCGGUGGUGCUGGUGCUGGAUUGGUGCUCAUAUUAGCUGGUUAUCUGAGUCUCAAUGCCUUCCACAAGAAAAAGAAUUCGUAUCUCGGUUUGAUUCUGGAAACAGUUUGUGCAGCUGCUAUCACUUGGAUAAUGGGGCAACGAUAUCUCCAAACUUCUAAGAUAAUGCCAGCUGGCAUGGUUGCGGGUAUCAGUGCUGUCAUGACCUUAUUCUACUUGUACAAGAUCGCGACCGGGGGAAACCAUUUCCCUGCUGCGAAGGCUGAGUAAUGGCUCGAAAUAUUCAUCUGAUCUAUGACACUGUCUCAAAAUAUAAUUUGUUUCCAACCAAGGUCUCUUUUGUCAUUUUUAUAUGUAGAUUUUCUUGUUUCUGCUGAACAUCUCGACAAUAUAUUGAAAAAAAAACUGUUGAUGUUA